AUGGUUGUACCGAAACAGUUAGUAGAGAAGGCCCUUGUCGAAGUUCACGAUGGCGUUGGCUUUGCCCACCUUGGAGAAAUGAAGAGUCUAAUGAAGAUAAAAGCUAGAUUCCGGAGGCCUGCCACGACCAAAGAGGUGUAUUGUUACUUCGAUCAAUGUCUGACAUGUGCCAAGUGUAAGCCAAGGGCAAAACCCAGAGCACCACUGUGGUCAUUUACCUCUGGCAACCCCAUGCAACGCAUCCAUAUUGACAUUGUUGCUCCCUUGCCACGGUCUCGAAGAGGAAACCGCUACAUUUUUACAGUUCAGUGCAGUUUUACUAAAGGGGCUGAGGUGUUUCCAAUGUCCAACCAGCGUGCCACAACCUCUGCAAAGGUGCUUCUAAGGAACUGGAUCUGCAGAUUUGGUGUGCCUGAGAGCAUUUAUAGCCAUGAAAGCCGUAUUUUCGGGUCUAAAAUAUUCUCGGAAAUCUGCCAGCUGCUGAGUAUUAACAAAACACGCACCACCACGUAUCACCCUGAGGGCAACGACCUGGUAGAAAAUCUGCACAAAGCCUUAAGGAGCAUGUUAAAAGCUAUAGUUGAAGAUAAUCCAGCUACAUGGGAUGAGCACGUUGAUUUCUGCGUGAUGGCCUAUCGCACAAGUGUUGAUUCCUCCACGGGACACAAUCAGUUCGAGCUCAUGUUCGGUAGAGAGAUGAGGAUACCUUUGGAUGUAAUGGUUGGCGGUGCCGAAGACAAUGAGUGUUCCUACACUGAUUUCGUUGCUGUAGAACUGCACAAGUUGCACAAUACUUAA